UGGGACAAUACACUCUGCCGCAGGGUAGAGAUAGCGUACAUAUCAGAUGAAGCUAUCUUUCUUUCCGAGUAAUUCUCUCCAACGAAAGCAAUUGGUCAAAACAAAAUAAAAACAAAAAUGGAAUUAAUCUAAGACUCUUACCACAAACGACAACUUUUUCUAUCUCCUUUCAAUCCUUCAAUCUCAACCCCACAAUCUCCAUUCACUUACACAGACACUUUCUGUUUCAUUCACAAUUCAAACCUCAAUCGCCAUGUCUGAACAGGAAGCUGGCAAAGGGUCUCCAAAAGCUUCGUCUUUGAGUCCCUAUGAAGAAGCAAUGGAGGCCUUGUCAUCUUUGAUCACUAGACGCACUCGUGCUGAUGGAACCAACAUGGGGGAUCAAUUUGACCUGUUGUUUGAUUACCUAAAGAUGCUAGAUUUGGAGGAGCCGAUUGCAAACAUGAAGAUUAUCCAUGUGGCUGGUACUAAAGGGAAGGGAUCUACAUGCACCUUCGCAGAAUCUAUAUUACGUAACUGUGGUUUUAGCACUGGACUCUUCACAUCUCCUCACCUCAUUGAUAUUCGAGAAAGAUUUCGUUUAGAUGGUAUGGAAAUCUGUGAAGAGAAAUUUUUAGCAUACUUCUGGUGGUGUUAUGAUAGACUAAAGGAAAAAACUGAUGACAAUAUUCCAAUGCCUACAUAUUUUCGUUUCCUUGCUUUACUUGCCUUCAAGAUAUUUGCAGCAGAGCAGGUAGAUGUUGCUAUAAUGGAGGUAGGAUUAGGUGGCAAAUAUGAUGCGACAAAUGUGGUUCAGUCACCUAUUGUGUGUGGAAUAGCUUCCCUUGGGUAUGAUCACAUGGAGAUUCUUGGGAAUACUUUAGGAGAAAUUGCCGGUGAGAAGGCUGGUGUCUUCAAGAAUCGGAUUCCAGCUUUCACAGUGCCUCAACCUGAUGAAGCAAUGCAUGUACUCGAAGAGAAGGCUUCUCAAUUAAAUGUGCCUCUUCAAGUGGUAACUCCAUUAGAUGCCAAAUUGCUAAAUGGUUUAAAACUUGGUCUUGAAGGUGAGCACCAAUAUCUAAAUGCAGGUCUUGCCACUGCACUGUGCUUUACAUGGCUCAAAAGGACUGGGCAUCUUGGAGACAUUUAUUUGGAACAAACUGACACUUUGCCAGAGCAGUUCAUAAAAGGGUUAACAAGUGCAAGUUUGCAAGGAAGGGCUCAGAUUGUUCCUGACCAACACAUUAAGAGUGAAAGAUCAAAUGAACUUGUUUUCUUUUUAGAUGGGGCUCAUAGUCCUGAAAGCAUGGAAGUUUGUGCAAAGUGGUUUUCUCUAGCAAUUAAAGAAUACAACCCAGACCAAACCUUGUUUCAUCAGCAACGUGAUAAUUCUAAGUUCUCAUAUGAAGUAGUGAAGACACACCAUGGCGAGAGAGGAUCCCAGAUAAAAUCCACUCCGAUAUUGCUGUUCAAUUGUUUGACUGUACGAGAUCCACAGUUGCUUCUUCCCCGCCUGAUGAAAACGUGUGCCGAUCAUGGUGUUUACUUCAAGAAGGCGCUCUUCGUACCAAGUUUAUCUGUGUUUAAUAAAGUUGGACCCCAGGCUUAUACGCUGACUGAUUCCAAAGUUGAUCUGUCGUGGCAGUUCAAUCUUCAAAGAGUGUGGGAAAAUCUAAUGCAAGGCAGCAAAGGUAAAGUUACAGACAUUGUUACUGAAGAACUAAAAGAUGAUAUGGAAAUGAGUGCCAGUAAUUGUGAACAUAGUGCAGUGUUUUCGUCAUUGCCAUUGGCAAUCAAAUGGCUCAGGGAUAGAGUGCAUCAAAAUCAGUCAGUUCGUUUUCAGGUCCUUGUGACCGGCUCUUUACAUCUUGUUGGUGACGUGUUGAAAUUAGUCAAGAAGUGAUUCGUUGAGCAAAUUGAAGUUUCCUUCAAGAUAGGCUUCCAUUCUGAUGCUGAAACAGACUCCAUAAUUUGGCAUAAAGAUGAGUUUUCUCUGGCAUUGACACAGUUCAUUGCAGAGCUAGUUGUGCACUUUGGUUCGGAAAAUCCAACAGUGUCGGUGUGCCAUCAACAUUCAACCAUUGGUUCACUCUCAAAGAUAGAGACUCUUCUAAAGAAAUGUACAUUUAUUUGAUACAUUCAACCCAUUGGUUCUUUGUCACUUUUUAUUUUUAUUUUUAAUCUUUGUUUCUUAUGUAACAAUCCCCAUAUUCAAGGUUUUUGUAAUAGGUCCAAACAUUCGAAAAUUAGUUUAUAAUAUUUCAAAAUUUCAAAAAUAA